GUUGGAAAUUACAAGCGAACAGUAAAAAGGAUUGAUGAUGGUCACAGACUUUGCAAUGAUCUUAUGAACUGUAUUCACGAGCGGGCAAGAAUAGAGAAGGUCUAUGCUCAACAGCUUACAGAAUGGGCAAAAAGGUGGAAACAACUUGUGGAAAAAGGCCCACAGUAUGGAACAGUAGAAAGGGCUUGGUGUGCUUUUAUGUCAGAAGCUGAAAAAGUGAGUGAACUACAUCUAGAAGUAAAAGGUUCACUGAUGAAUGAAGACUUUGAAAAAAUCAAGAACUGGCAGAAGGAAGCCUUUCAUAAGCAAAUGAUGGGAGGAUUUAAGGAAACCAAAGAAGCAGAAGAUGGAUUUAGGAAAGCUCAGAAACCCUGGGCAAAAAAGCUGAAAGAGGUGGAAGCAGCAAAGAAAGCGUACCAUGCGGCCUGCAAAGAAGAGAAACUGGCUAUAUCCAGGGAAACAAACAGCAAAGCUGAUCCAGCACUAAAUCCUGAACAACUUAAGAAAUUACAAGACAAAGUGGAGAGAAGCAAACAAGAUGUACUAAAGACAAAAGAGAAGUAUGAAAAAUCACUGAAAGAAUUAGAUAAUGCCACUCCUCAGUAUAUGGAAAACAUGGAGCAGGUAUUUGAACAGUGUCAGCAGUUUGAGGAAAAACGUUUACGUUUCUUUCGAGAAGUGUUACUGGAAGUGCAAAAACACCUUGACUUGUCUAAUGUUGCAAGUUACAAAAACAUCUACCGUGAACUGGAGCAGAAUAUCAAAACAGCAGAUGCUGUUGAAGACUUGAGGUGGUUUAGAGCUAAUCAAGGUCCAGGGAUGUCAAUGAACUGGCCUCAGUUUGAGGAGUGGUCUGCAGAUCUGAACCGCACUCUCAGUAGAAGAGAAAAAAAGAAGGCUUCUGAUGGAGUGACUCUAACUGGUAUUAAUCAGACAGGAGAUCAAGUUUCACAGCCUAACAAACAUAGCAGCAGUCUUAGUGUCCAGAGUAACACAGUGCAGUCAGUACAAUCAAGUUACAAUCCCUUUGAAGAUGAAGAAGAUACUGGGAGUACUGUCAGUGAAAAGGAGGACAAUAAGAUCAAAAAUGUUAGCAGCUAUGAGAAAAACCAAAGCUACCCUACAGACUGGUCUGAUGAAGAGUCCAACAAUCCCUUUUCUUCCACUGAUGCAAAUGGAGACACCAAUCCAUUUGAUGAAGAUACCUCUCCUGCAAUGGAAGUGAGAGUACGUGCCCUCUAUGACUAUGAGGGCCAAGAGCAAGAUGAGCUCAGCUUUAAAGCUGGGGAUGAGUUAACUAAAAUGGAGAAUGAAGAUGAGCAGGGUUGGUGCAAAGGACGCCUGGACAAUGGACAAGUUGGCUUAUACCCAGCAAACUAUGUAGAACCAAUCCAGUGACAAAGGACAACGCUAAUACAGAAGUGUUACAAAAGCUCAUAGGCUUGUACAGUAUAUAUUUAAAGUAAGAGGAAGCUGAAUGAUGUAUAGAGUGUAUAUAUUUUAAUGAAAAGGCAAAAGCUUGAUGCUGAAAUCAUGGUGAUUUAAAGACAAAUGUUUGAACUAAUAAUUUGAUACUGUUUUCACAGCUUGUGCACAAUGCAAAGGAGAGGGGUUAGGUUGAAAAAAUGGUAUGAUAGGAAAAAUAUUUUUAAGCUUUUUCUUCCCACGUGGUCUGUUAUCGUGAAUCCUAAACAUUUUUGCAUUUCUAUGCUCGUGCCUCAUCCUACCCUAGGUAUGUGGCUUAUGCUCACUUUUGUUUAAUCAGUUAUUUUAAGUGACCUUCAGUAACUUGCAACUUGAAUUUUAAAGUUUAUUAUAGUUAAUUUUCUAUUUGUUCUUAGUGAUGUCUGAAAGAUGCAGUAUUUUUUUAUUUAAAUGCUAUGUAGUUAAGCACCUUUUCGUAUGCUUGGAUUUAUCAAUUAAUACUUAAAUUAUGACAUAGAUUUAGUCACCAGUUGACUGAAUGAAAACUCUUUCCAUGUUGUAGUAAUCUUUCUAUGUUGUCAGCAUGGCUUGAAGUUGUAAAACAAAUACUGUAUUUAAUAAAUAUCUGUUACAGAAGGUUAUUUGUAGCAGAGAGAUCUGCAGAUGUCAUGGGUUGGGAUUCUAUUACGAAUGUUGUUUACGUGGUUUGACGCUUAAACUAAGAGUUUUCCAUCUAGAUCGUAAAUGGCACUCAAAAGAAAGAUAAAUUAUGUGUAAGCCCCAGAGUAGUAGCUAUUUCCAGCAUAUGUUUGAAGGGGAAAAAAGAUGAUCUCCUUUAAACUGCUAAUGAUUUUUGGAUGAUUUGAAAUGUUAAAUCUGUGAAGGCUAAUUUUUUUGAACAGAGAAGACUGUAAAAUAGACUAAAUGCUUUUUAUUAAGAGCCUAUCUAUGUUGUGUAUAUGUACAUAUAAUUUGAUAUUCCAAAAUAUAAAGAGCAUGGCUAUUAGUUAUCAAGCCUUUUGAUGUCAAUAAGAUUUAGACUGUUUUAAGAGUUUAAAUUAUAGGUAUAUUUAAAUCUGCUUUCCUGCCAUAUUCAUUACUGUACCAUAGACAAAGUAUUCUGUUAUUAGGUUUUCAGAAGUACAGUAAAUACACUAACAUACUCAAAAUCAGUAUUUGUGGAUAAAUCUGUGGGUCAAAGUAUAAACUAGCUUUAGUCCUUACAUGGAUUAUUGUAGCAGAACACUGUAAAAUCUACAUUUGUUUGCAGUUACAGCUCAGCCAUCUGUAAUCGUGUCAGAUAGUGUGCAUUUGUUACAUUUAAACUGGGUUGUAAAAUUACAGCAGAUUUGUGGUUAAAAAAAAAAACAAACCCCAAGUAUCAGGUAAGUAGAUAUGCUAUGUUAGGAAGCUACACUGUAACGAAGCUAACAAAUCUAUUUUGAGGUAAUUAUGAAACACUGUUGGUAGUCUUGGACUUUAUUGUUUGCUUUUGAGCUUAUAGGUAUAUUUAGUCAUCAUUUUCAAAGAACCAAAAUGUGCAAGCUUAGAAAGUGGAUGUAUGUAUAUGUCUGUCAAGGAAAACUUACCAACAUAAUUGUUCAUCCACAAGACGGUUAUUAAAAUUAUCAGGAAUUACUGGUUUGGGUCUCUGUAUUGUAAAAUAUUUUAGAAAACAAUAAAAUCUGUUAAUCUCUUAAAUACACAGAA